GGAAUUUGAAACAUUUUCUCCUAUCUUUCCACUUCAACCUUCAAAUUUCCAGCAACAUACAAGCACACCCUCCAACCCUAAAACCCCCAAAUAUACUUGUAGCCUGUAGAUAUAAAGAAUGGAGGAAUCAGAAAAGAGAAAGGAGAGGCUGAAAGCGAUCCGAAAGGAAGCUGCAGAGGCUGGAGAUAACAAUGAAGAACAAAAUUCUAUUGGAGGACCCCUUGAUCACGGCCUUACCAAUCCAUUGAUUGAAACUCCUUCAGCUGCCUCUGGGAAGGAUGAGCCAAGGCCUAGAUUUGACUACUACACUGACCCCAUGGCAGCUUUCUCUGCCAACAACAAAAUGAACAAUCUCAGCCCUCAGGUUUCACAACCGUGUAACACGUCUCCAAGACCUAUGAAUGAUGGUUCUCCAGUUUAUCAUGCUCAAUGCAACUAUAACUCGGCUCAAAGAACGUAUCGGCCACGAGGAGUCAAUGCCAUUCCUCUUGGAAUCCGUAGGAAAACUAAUCCCUUUUGCACCCCACCGGGGAACUCCACUUUGGAUAGCUCUCUUGGCACACCUAACAACUACUCUUUGCCUAAUUCACCGCAAAUUGGUGGCGUUUCCAGCCAUGGUUCUCCUCAAGUUAGUGGAGCUGGUAGUCAAUAUGGGCAAGGUAGCCCCUACCAAGGUUCAGGAUUCAGAAGCAAGGCUUACCAAGGUUCAAGAGGAGGCAAGGGUAGAUUCAAAUUUUACUAUCAUAAGUCAAUGGUGGAAGACCCAUGGAAAGCAUUGAUGCCGGUUAUUUGGAAGCCACGUGGCGAUACACAGGACUGUCUGAAAUCCUGCCUUCCCAACUCCAUCAGUGCAAAAAGGGCUAAACUUGGAGAGACUCCAACAAAAUCCACUCCCCAGAAAAGCCUCGCUGAAUAUCUGGCUGCCGCAUUCAAUGAAGCAGCUGGCGAAGACACUGUGAAUAAUCAAUCUAACACAUAAAGCUUUUGAUGCUUGAACUUUUUAGUUAUUUUUAUGUCUUAUACUCCUGUAGUUUCUGCAAAUAGUAAGUUCAGCUAUAGUCCAAACCAAAUCUGUAUAGUUUCCUGCUCAUUUUAAGCUAUCAUCGACGCCUAAUAAGUUCCAAUCCAUGUCAAUAUUGACCAGCUCUUGAUAUCCUUGGAGUGAAACAGAUUUUAUGCACUCA